CGCCGGCGCGACCACGUCUAAAGAAGAAGGCAGGCACCGGAUCGGAGUGCGGAGGCACGUGCGAGCCAAACACCGUCGUCCCCUGAAAGUGAGGAUGCCGAGCCGCGGUGCCUGGGGUUCCUCGUCGGCCGCCUGCCCCGUGGCGGCGGGCUGCCUGCUGCUCGCCCUGCUGUUGCUGCAGCAGCCCCACGCUGUGGAGCCGGCCAAGCGAUUGGACUGCCGGGCCUUCUGCCGACUCACGGGCUUCCGCUUCAAUGCGGGCCUCUGCAAGUGCGGCUACAUGCUAUUCGCCAGCAAGCGCUCGCAGCAGCCCCCUCUGACUGCGGGCUACCUCAGCGGGGGCCAGGACCCCGGCGAAGCUGGUGGCUACCGGAGUCUGCCACCCGCCGAGCGGUUUCAGCUUGAAGUCGCGGUGCCCUCGCCCCUGUCACGGCACCCGUCUGCCAGUAGCCCCACUCUGUACGGACGCCAUGGUGCGUCACAGUCCACCGACUCGGCCGACCCGGUGCACGCGACGGCGGCGAGGGCUGCGGCCGCGGCGCUCCUAGGUCACAAGCCCGAUGCCGGACCCGACGCCGAUGACGCCUACUACCGCUGACUAUGGCCCGGGAAUGACUACGGAAAACGACCGGAGGCCUCGAGCGUCGAGGACCUGUAUUGAAGGGCAAGCAGCCUGUGCUCCUAUGCACUGAAACUAGUGCGCACAGAAACUUGGAUCAAGACGGACCACCAUGGGCAGUGGAUGAACCCCUUUCAAUUCCUCCAUCUGGCAGUGAUAUAGCAUUGUCCUUCAGGGCUCAAAGCCUGCCCUCAAGCCCACAUGUUGACUCCGAAUGUCAUUUGUGAAAUAAAACCCAAACAA